AUGCUCUCGUCUGCUUAAAAAUUCUCAAAUCGUCAUUCAUUCAAAGUCCGAGCCGUUCUUCGGAGCUAGUUAGCAACUACGUAUUUUUGUUCCUCACAAGUGGUGCUAAACAAACACUGUUUCUGAAUAAUCAGGUAAAAGUCGGAGUCCGAGUAGACUUUCAAGCUUAAGCUAGAGCAAAGCAAUGGGUAACAAAUCAUCAUUGCUACUGCGAGAGGAGGAAAUCGCACAAAUUCACGAGGAAACAGGAUUUACUCCGAACCAAAUUGAAAGGCUCUACUCCCGGUUCACAUCGCUAGAUCGCAGCGAUUGCGGUACCCUCUCCAGGGAGGAUUUUCUACGUAUUCCGGAACUAGCCAUCAAUCCGCUGUGCGAACGAAUUGUCCAUUCGUUCUUUGCCGACAGCAGUGAUGAUCGAGUAAACUUCCGUCAAUUCACUAGAGUCCUAGCGCACUUCCGACCCAUCAAGCCCAGCAAGGAGAACAGACUGAACAGCCGCGUACAGAAGUUGCGCUUCGCGUUCAAGAUGUACGACCUGGACGAUGAUGAUACCAUUUCGCGGGAAGAGCUGUUGAGCAUUCUGCACAUGAUGGUCGGGGCGAACAUAAGCCAAGAUCAGCUGAACAGCAUCGCCGAGAGGACGAUUGUGGAGGCGGACUCGAUGGGUCAGGGAAAAAUCACCUUCGAUGACUUUUGUCGGGCCCUGGAACGCACCGACGUCGAGCAGAAGAUGUCGAUUCGUUUCCUCAACUGAAAUCGACGCUCGUGGUGUGAUUGGUUUGCCAAUUUGGGCCAAUCGUAGAAACGUGGAAUGUGCAUUUUUAUUUGUUUGUUUGGCUAGGAAUGGUGUUGCUUUCGUUAUGAAUUAUUAGUAGCCGGGACUAAUGCACACGACGAGCGCAAAACUAACUUUAAACAGAUAAGAUGAAGGUAUCUUUAGGAAAAGGUGGUUGAUGUUUAUAGUUGUACGGUUUGAACAGGAAGUAUUAACAGAAUAAAUUGACUAACACAUAUUUAUCGUUCAAAA